AUAAAGAAGCCCUUUCUCUUCUUCUUACACUACACUUGGUUCCGAAGUAACUGCCCCUGGGGGCCACUCACCUCAUCUCACCUCCCAAUUCUUUAUUAAACCCAACUGUUUCUCUAUUUUUUUCAACCCUUGGUUCAAAACCAGGAUUAAAUUAUUCCAAUCCAACGCUUCAUGUUAAUGUUCCUCACUGUGUUAUGAUGGUCUAGUGCCGGACUGUAGCGGUUUUUUCUUUUGUUGUUUUGGUUAAAAAUUUAUUAUUGUUUUUGAACUCACCAAUGUCAGAGUGAGAGCAGAGUAAAGAAAGCUAAUCCACAGCAGCUAAAGAGAAAAAAAGGGGCAAAUUUUGAGAAAAAAUUAAAUUGAUGGAUCUUUCAAGUUCACGUUUUUUCUAGUUUAUCUCUCUUUGUUUUUCCAGCUGUUUCUUACAGCAGGCUGCAACUUUGGUUUACAGGAGCUCAAUCUUUCAGCAAUGGGGAAGUCGCCAGGGAAAUGGCUCAAGACCAUCUUGUUUGGGAAGAAGUCUUCGAAAUCUAGUCUUUCUAAGGGCAGAGAGAGAAAUGGAAAUGAGAAAGAAGUAUUGGUUUCUGCCAAGGCAUCAGAAACUACUACUGUUAUUAGUCAUCCUGUAGCUUCACAUCCAACCCCAAAUACCAUAGAUACAAAUGAGGGGGUGCCAAAAAUUACCAACAAUGAAGCAGCUAAUGUGUUGCAUGAAAGAUCAAUAUCAAUUCCAGGAAAUCAAGAUGCGGAAGUUCAAGGAUCUACCUGCCAAGAUGCACCAUCUGAUCCUGAGAGAAUCCGUGAGGAGGAGGCUGCAACUAAGGCCCAGGCUGCUUUUAGGGGUUAUUUGGCUCGCCGUGCAUUCCGGGCCCUCAAAGGUAUUAUUAGGUUGCAGGCGCUUAUUCGUGGUCAUUUGGUAAGGAGACAGGCUGCUGCUACUCUAUGUUGUAUGCUUGGAAUUGUUAAGUUCCAGGCUAUUGCUCGGGGAAGAAGCGUGAGGCUUUCUGAUGUAGGGCUCGAAGUGCAGAAAAAAUGUAGAUUAGUGCAGAUACAGGAUCAACCAUUAGUGGAUCCUGCUGGAGUAAGUCUCUCUACACGAAUGGCAAAACUUUCUGCAAAUGCUUUCACUAUCAAGCUUGCUUCAUCUACAACUUCAAAACCUAUGCAACUCUAUUUUGAUACUGAAGAUGAAAAUUCAGUCUUGAAAUGGUUAGAACGCUGGUCCAAUUCUAGGUUUUGGAAACCAAUUCCCCAAGUAAAAAAAGCCCCAGAGUCUAAAACUCAAAGAAGGCUGAGCACUGGUCAAACAGGAGAGGCACAUACCGUGAGAUCAAAGCGCACAAGGAGAGUUUCUUCAGCAAACAAUGCAAACAAUGAUAGUACUGCAGUCCAAUCAUCUAGCGAAUUUGAGAAACCUAAACGGAAUUUUAGAAAGGUCUCUAGUCAUUCAGCUGCCGAGCAGGUUCAGGAGAAUCCCCAGAUGGAGCUCGAAAAGGUCAAGCGUAGUCUGAGAAAGGUCCAUAGCCCCGUCGUUGAGAAUCCUGCCCAAACAGAAGUUGAUGCUGAGAAGCCCAAGGAAAGUUUAGAGAAGGCUUCUAAUGGUCUAAGCCGUGACCUUUUGGCAAGAGGUACUAGUAAUUCUUCUGAGAAGAUGAAAAACGAGGCACUCUCAACAAAUCCUGUCCAGCCUGAUUUGGAGACAACGCCUGAACAGUUACCAACGAAAGAGAUCAUUAAUGUACCUAAUACUGAUCCAGUUGUAGAUUCACCACCUUUGAUUGAGAGCAGUAACAUAGAUAAGAGCGUUACAGGAGAUGAGGCUGCCGUGGAGACUAAGCCUCUGACAGAGAUCUACCCUCAAGAUGAAAUCAGCCCAUUACCAAAUGGGGAAUCGAACCACAAAGAAGAUUAUACUAACAACGAGAAUCCGAAAUCUGGUAGGAAAUCUUCUACUCCAGCCAAGCAAGAGCGAGUAGAGAAUGGGUUGCAACACAGUCCAACCUUACCUAGCUACAUGGCAGCAACUGAAUCUGCAAAGGCAAAACUGAGAGCACAAGGAUCUCCAAGAUUUGGACAGGAUAGUGAAAGAAGUAACCUCAACCGACGUCAUUCUUUACCGUCGCCCACUAAUGCUAAAAUUAGCUCACAGUCUCCACGAACACAAAGACUCACUCAAGCGGGUGGCAAAGGAGGAAAUAAAAAUGACAAGGCACUUCUGGGAUCAAGAGAUGGAAAUGGAAAGGUAAUCCAAGCAGACUGGAGAAGGUAAAUUUGGGUUCUCAGAUGUCAAAAACUAUUGAGGGGUGAAUUUCAUCUGAAGGCUUUUUGAUUCAUACAUUUGUGAUCAGCCAUCACCUAUUCAGUGACUGAGUCCAUCUUCUGCUCAAGGAGGGGCUGCUGAGGCCAAUAUGGUCUUAUCUGAUUAUCCUUUCAUCUUGGUUGUUUGAGUGCAUGUACAUCAUAGGUUUUAAGUUUUUUUCUUUCUUGUUUUCUGUUUUUUCCCCCCGAGUUUUUUAUGCUGCUGCAAUUACAGAUUAUUUAAAGGUACUCUGUUCUAUUACAGGUUGUUUAUACUGUAUCUGUUGUGAUUAUUAUGUUCAAUGGACACCUUAAUUAUGUUGGUCUCGUGGAUAUUAUUUUGUGAAUUUGCAAAUGCUUAUUGCCUCUA